AUGCUUAAGGAAGAAUAUUUGGACUUUGUUUGUGUCAGUGUUCUGAUUAGGCUAAACUAGAACAUCUGUAUUGUUAACAGUUUGCUUUUGUUUUUGUUUUACUUCCUUCGCAUAGAGGCAUUUUUCUUUGUAUCCUAAACAUAUCCUUAUAUGGAAAUAUUACAAUACGAAAAAAGUAUGUUUAAAAUAUAUAUACAUAUAUAUAAAUGCAGAACUAACGCUGCAUCAUUGGAUAUACAGGGCCAACACUUGUACGGAUUAAACGUGUAUAGCUACUAGUUUCAGUGAACACAUCGCAAUAUGACUGGAUUACUUCAGCUGUUUUUAUUAGUCAGCACGACCCUUGCCUCGGAGCCAUCCUGUCCAGCGUGCUCCAAAUAUGACUACGAGCAAAAUUUGCUUGAGAGAAUGAUCCGUAUGGAGUUCACUGUUGAGCAAGACCUAACGCGGCUCAAGAAUGAGAACAAACGCUUAUCUGAGGUCGUUGAUACCCUAAUGGAUCAACAGAAACACGCGGAGCGUAGACUGGUUUCGCGCAUUGAAGAUGUUGAGAGAAACCAAACCAAUCAAAUAGCUACUCCACUGGUAUACUUUCAUGCCCGCUCUCCACAGACCACCACCCUUACCACAGGUGAGGUGAUACUUUACAAGACAGUGGAGACAAACCAGGGCAACGGCUACAGCUCCACUUCGGGCAAGUUCACCGCUCCAACACGGGGACUCUACUUGUUUUUCAUGCAUACAUGUACACCUUCAAAUAAAUUUGAUGUUCUCCGGAUAGUUAAGGAAGGGUCAGUUCUCAUUGCAAGUGUACAACGUGACAAUAACAACCAUGUAUGUUCGAGUAGUCAGGCGUUUGUACAGCUUUAUGCCGGUGACGCUGUCUGGGUAAAAUGCUCCAGUGGGAGCUCGGACAGACAACUGUUUGAGGAUUCCAUCCGUUGGACAAGUUUUGGUGGUGCUCUCAUUCACAACUGACAUUUGUUUAGUUUAUUGACUUAAAACACUCAAAAUACAGAAAAGAUACAAUGAAAGUGAAAAUAAAUUUCGUAGUGAUUAAUAAGUUGUUGUUUUUUAAAAAUAACAAUAUUAUUUCAAGGAUUUUUGUUAUUAUUUAUAUCAUUGUAUAAACACUGUAGGAUUUCGUCUGUGUACCUCGCCUUCACUGCUGCUAUGUCAUAUAUAUGGUCUGCAAAAACUGAGAACACAUAUGUUAAAAUGAAUUAUUUGUUUGUGGUAUAACAACGAAAGCGGUGUACUCAUGUUGUAUGCUUUUCCAUCACAAAAUAACACUUUAUUUAAUAUAAGGUCUGUGAUGCAUGUAUCGUUUUCCUUCAAACCCGUGUUUUAAAUCCAGUGUAAGGACUUUUGUGAAUUUGUAAAUAUCGUCGAUAACUAUUCAUGGUAUAAUUAUUUUUUUUAUCAACGAUAAAUUUAUAAAUGAUGUUAUCAGUA